CUGAUGCAGGAAGCUUGGAUUUCCGACGCUCUUGAACACGGCACAGCACUCAGUUUCCUGUUUGCUCCUUCUCGACUCCACCGAGCUCUGCCGCUGCGCCGUUGUCGCCUGGGGCUGGAUGAGAGCGCAGAGCCGUGUGAAGUCAGCGUCCGCCCUUCCUGGGAUAAGAAACUGACGUAAAGAACCCGCCGCCGACAAUUACGGCUCAGAUAUCCAUAAUUUACUCAAUAAUCACUCGUCUUUGACUCCCCGGUGGCGUUUAGUGCCGGUGGGGAAAAAACAUCCACCGAGAAGAGGACUAGGACGCUGACUGCGUGAGGCAUGGCUGAUCUGCUGGGUCUGCUGCUGCGGGUGGCUGAGAAGGCUGCAAAUGUGGCUCGGGUCUGCAGGCAGGAAGCUCCUCUCUUUCAGCUCCUCGUGCAGGAGAAGACCGGAGAGGAGAAGAACAAGAAGUUUGUGCAGGACUUUAAGACGCUGGCCGACGUGGUUAUCCAGGAGAUGAUCAGACACGAUGUGGGCGCUCAGUUUCCUGAAAUAGCAGCUUUCAUUAAAGGAGAAGAGUCCAACAAGUUUGAAAACGGGCUUGGAGAAAGUGUGACGGUCACAGUUUGCAGCACAGAGGAGGAGACUGCAACGCUUCUGGCCACCGUGCUGGACGGUGACGACACAGCAGCAUCUCUGCUGGCCAAAGCCAUCCACCAGGACCCAGACACUAUAGAAUCAGGCACAGAUGGCCCCACUGUACCUCUCAAUCCCUCUGAGCUUGGCAUUUGGAUUGACCCAAUAGAUGCCACAAGUCAAUACAUUGAGGGCCGAGAGGAGGUGCUGGAGGAAAACCACCUGUCCCCUUCAGGGCUGCACUGUGCUCUGGUUCUGAUCGGAGUUUACGUCCGGAGCACAGGCGAGCCUGUGAUGGGGGUCAUCAACCAGCCAUUUCACCACAAAGACCCAGCCGGUGGAGGCUGGAGGGGAAAACAUUAUUGGGGUGUUUGCUUUGGCAACAUCCACUUCUGCUCAGAGGCGCCCCCUAAAGGUUCACCUGAGGCUGAGCGGAGGCUGUCUGUGGUCCUGAGCUCCAGUGAGAAGCAGAUGGUGAAGGAAGCUCUGACAUCGCUGUGCGGCCCCGACAGGCUCAUGUAUGCAUCCGGCGCCGGUUACAAGAUCCUGUGUGUGAUUCAAGGCCUGGCCGAUGCUUACGUCUUGUCAGAGGGAAGCACGUUCAAGUGGGACUCCUGUGCUCCUCACGCACUGCUCCGGGCCAUCGGAGGCGGCGUUGUGGACUUGAGUUUGAGUUUGCGUUCUAGCUGUGGAGCACAGGAUCAAAAGAUGGAACUGACCUACCACCAGCCCAACGCCGACUGCACAGGAGCAGACCUCUGGGCGAAUCGUGGCGGUCUGGUGGCCUAUCGAGACUUUUCUCAACUCCACAGCCUCAUCCAGACUCUGAAGGACAAACUGUAGCGGUCAGAAAUACAUAAAAAUGGCAACAGCGGUAAAAUAUUUUAGCUAUAAAUGUCUUACUUUCAUCAGAUUUUCAUGCAAGUGUAGAUAUUGCAAGAUGAAUGUGAUGUUUGGGCCAAGCAAUGUUGCAAUAAUCCCCAAAAAAAGCCUAUUUUUUAAUAUCAUAAACAAAUUUAUUUAAAGCUCGAGAGCAUUUAUCACAAAAACACGUUUACUGACUUUUUUAGAAAUCACGAAGGAAAACAUGUCGCAAUCUAGCCGAUACCAAUUACACCGGUUUAUUUUUUUAAUUUAAAAUCCACCCUUGAAGUUUCCAAAUCGUCCUCUUUAGUGAAAUCAAACAAAACCUCACAACAUUUACUGCACGAACGUUUGAGUUCAGAACUAGCUAGAGGUGAUGCUGGGAUGGGAUGAUAUUUUAGGGAGCCGGUGUGCUGAGCUGAGCUGAGAAACACUGAAAAUAUCCCAAAGCAUCCACUUCAAAAGGUGCUCUGCACCCUGUUUGUGGAGACACUUUCAUACAGGGAGAGAUGUGUGUGAAUCACAGACUGAAGCAGCUCGUUGUAAGAAGAAGAAUGAGCAUCCUGUCCUUUUUAUUAGCCAAAGAAGUUAAGAGAAUUCGACUGAAUAUCUUUUUCGUGUGGUUUUAGCCACACAGUGUUGCGUCAGAUUGAAUGACAGGAUGUCUGUAGGCAGCAAUUUUGGUGCAUUUAACAAUUAUUUAACGGUUUUAAAGAGUUUUAAUAUUUAACAGAACAUAAACCAUUGAUUGUGCAAUCAGGAAACUUUUUAAAAAAAAUGGAAUUAAGCAGAGCAAGGACACGUUAUUUUAAAUCUGACAACACAGCAACAAACCCUGUUUUUGUCUUGUUCAUUUUUAUAUACAUCUGCAUAUUCUGUCAAAAACUGAAGAUUAAAAGUUUUGUUUUCAUUGACCAAA